AUGAAGACAUCAACCUGCUCCCUCCUCCUGACUGGCCUCUUCUCCCUCGGCAGCAGCUUCGCCAGCGCCGACAACACCAGCGCCGCCCUCGAAGCCUUCGCCGAGGGCCUCGGGCUCUCGUCCUCCGACAUCGCCGGGCUGGCAGAGUCCUACGACGCCGAGGGUGACAAUGUCGAUAUAUCGUGCUCGCUGCUGAGCCUCCUCUUCCCAGAGAGCACUGUCCUCCCUGGUGCUGAGGCCGUGUAUACAUCAAAGGUCGGCAUCAACUGGUCUGUCCGCGCCCACCUAACACCCACCUGCAUCUUCUCGCCCAACGCCACCAGCGCCGCCGCAACAGGCGUCAAGAUCGCCGCCUUUCUAAACACGCCGUUUGCGAUUCGUAGCGGCGGCCACACACCCGACCCCGGCGCAGCGUCGAUCGAAAGGGGCGUGCUCUUCUCCCUGGAGAACCUGAACGAGGUGACCGUCGACCACGAGAACGGCGUUGCGCGCAUCGGGCCCGGAAACAGGUGGAUCAGCGUGUACGAGAAGUGCGAGAGCGAGGACGUGCUAGUCGUUGGCGGCAGAGUCGCGCCCGUGGGCGUGGGCGGGCUUGUCACUGGAGGUGGUCUCUCGUUCCUCUCUGGCACUGAAGGCUUCGCCGCCGACACCGUCAAGAACUUUCAAGUCGUGCUUGCCUCCGGCGAGGUCGUCAACGCCAACGCCACCUCCCACUCAGACCUCUGGUGGGCGCUCAAAGGCGGGAGCAACAACUUUGGCCUCGUCACGCGCAUCGACCUGGCCACCAUCGCGAAGCCGUCGGGCCUCAUCUACGGCGGCACGCUCUACUUCCUCCCAUACCAGUACCCGGCCAUCAUCUCCGCCAUCAAGGCCUUCCAGGAAAAGGGGCAGAUUGAAGAUCCCAAGGCUGCUAUCAUCUCCUCGUUCGUCCGUAUGCCAUCGCAGUCGGCGGAGCUGCUAACGCUGCAGGUUUUCCACCAGGACCCGGAGGGAACCGUGCCACCGUCGUUGCAGGCGUUCUUUGAUGUCGGCCCGUUCCAGAACACGGCGAGCGUGCGGCCGCUGAGUAGUCUUGCGAACGAGAUAUACGCGAUGGAGAGUGUUCCUGUUGCGCGGCAGGCGUUCCGGGAUCUGUCGGUGGGCGUCAGCGAGGAGAUGUAUCAGUAUGCCGUUGACCUGUUUGCGAGCACGUAUACCGCGCUGGACAAUGUUCCGGGGUUCCUGGGCUCGUUCACGUAUCAGCCGAUUUCGACGGCGAUGGUGGAUGUGGCGAAUGCCACGGGGGGCAGGGCGAUGGGCGUGCCGAGGGUGCCGCAUGUGUGGUUUUGUCUGAAUGCGAUGUGGGCGGAGGAGGCGGAUGAUGAGCUUGUGCUCGGGACGGGGAAGGCGUUUAUGGAGAAGCUGGCGGAGAAGUCGAGGGAGUUGGGGGUCGCGGAGGGCUUUUUCUACCUGAAUGAUGCGGCGGCGGAUCAGAGUGUUAUGGAGAGCUAUGGCGAGGAGGUGGUGGAGAGGUUGAGGGGGGUGAGUGCGGUGUAUGAUGAGGGAAAGGUGUUUCAGAAGUUGGUGAAGGGGGGCUUUAAGCUGUGGUAA